AUGGGCCUCUCACUCUACAUCGUUGCUCUUCUGAGCUUGGCAUCACAUAUUAGCCCUGCCCAGGCAGCUUUCAAAUACUCGGACGUCAAGCAAGUUAUUUCUUUCGGUGAUUCCUACAGUUUUGUCCAAGGCACAUACGGACAGCCCAACAAGACAUUUAUUGGCUCCUACACUCAAUACGCCUACACAUCCACACAGCUUUUGAACAACAAGAUGGUACAGAACUUUACCGGCACAGCAGAGGGUGGAGCAAACUGGCUCCAGCGUCUGACUGGCUGUGGAGUGCAAGACGGUAGCUAUUCGCCGGCAAACUGCUCCAUGUCCCUCUGGAACUUUGCAUAUGCCGGAGCCUCCGUUGGCGAUCAGUGGCUGCCCAGACACAACCCAUACACCAUUCCUCUGGUGAACCAAACCUCGCGGUACUUGACCUAUGGUGACCCGGUUCUGCGAUCCAAGGCCAAGAUCAACAAGAGCACGGCCCUCGUCACUAUCUGGAUCGGGGUCAAUGAUAUCUUUGACACGGUCACCUACAAGCCAUCCAACAUCACCAACGAGGCAUUCUGGGCAAGUGAGAUCGAUGGCGUGUUCCAGCAAAGCGUUCAGCCACUUUACAACAACGGAUACAAGAACUUUCUAUUCAUGAACUUGCCUCCUCUCGACCGCACUGCAGGAAACCAGCGCUCAUCCACUCCCUACCCCUCCAAGGCCCAAGUCAACUCUUGGGGUUCCAUCUUGGCCAACCGUACCCAGGCAUUCCAAGCCAAGUACUCCGACUCCAAGGCUAUGCUCUACGAUGCCAACACUUUCCUCAAUAAUGUCUUGGACAACCCCAGCAAGUAUGGCAUCACCAGAACCAACUCCUACUGCGCUGCAUGGAACCAGAUUGGUGUCCUGACCAACCCUGCCUCAUAUGGCUGCUCUUCGCUGGACAAGUACUUUUGGUACAACGCUGCACACAUGUCUGUCACCACUCACAAGGUCAUGGCGGCUGAUCUGAAGUCAUUCCUUAUCUCUCAAUCUUCAUCUUGA